GCGUUUUGGUUGAUAGGUUGAGCGCUGAAAAUUGUGAUGUAAAACGAGAAAAAUAAAUGUUUACUGGCCAACAUGGCGAAUCCAAGGAAAUUUAGUGAAAAAAUCGCUCUCCACAACCAAAAGCAGGCUGAGGAAACGGCCGCUUUUGAGAAAAUUAUGCGCGAAGUUUCCGUCGCAACCAAUAAGCCGGAGGAGUCGCCACAGUACGGGCUCGGUGGCGGCACGUCGCCGUCUCGCGCGCCGGUGCAACGCGGGCGCACGUCGUCGUCUGUCGGGCCCAUGCGCCGUCCGGCGGACCGCAAGCAUGAUACCAGUCCGUACGGCAGCACUGUUUAUUUGAGUCCACCGUCUGACAGCAACUGGCGGCGGACGAAUUCGGACUCGGCACUGCACCAGUCGUGCGCAGGGGAGCAGCAGACCGUGACGCAGCCGCUGUCGCCCCACCACCCGCUCCAUUCGCAUGCCCAUCCACAUUUGCACCCGCACCAGAACCACCGGAGAACCGCUGACAUCCACUUAGAUGUGUUGGCAACACUGGGCAUGAGCCCCAACAACCGUCCGAGGUCCUCCUGCGAAAUACCCAGGAUACCAAACAAUAAUAAUGUAUACGAGAGCGGGGGGGAUGGCGGGGGCGGCGGCGGCGGGCUAGGGGCGGGCCAGGGGCUGAUGUGCGGCGACCAGAAGAUGCCGUGCGGCUCGCUGCCCAACCUCACGUCGGUCCACUUCCCCCUGCCGCACCACCUGCCGCACCGGACCUCGCCCGACUACAACCAGCCGAGAUAUAUGCCGUGCGGCUCGCUGCCCAACCUCACGUCGGUCCACUUCCCUCCGCCGCACCACCUGCCGCACCGGACCUCGCCCGACUACAACCAGCCGAGAUAUGUGAGUGUAACUGCUGUGGACUCUAAUACAGGGGGCUAG